AUGGAUCCGACGAUAGUAACCGAACGUACCCGUACCUACUCUACACACAAAGAGUACACUGUCGAUUUCUUUGGAGAUGCGUUAUACGUCACCGUAACUCCGGAUUUCUCCGUCAUCAACCAAUGGAUCAGUGACGUCUUCCGCAACCGCAACCACUGUGGUCUUGUCGUUGGAGUCGGCGUACAGUGGACACCUCCGGCUUUAAACGUCGCUAAUCCUAGUGAUUGCUGUUGGAAAUACAUUUUUGACAACAUGAUGGCUUUAGCCAACUACGCGGCCGAUCCUUUACCUGGUGAUUACGUCGCCACUAAUACUAAUCAGCGUGGCGAGUUCAUCUCAGAUCCUCCAGCGGAUACUCUCCAGUUAUGCGUGGGUAACAAAUGCCUAAUCAUCCAGUUACGUUGCUGUGACGAAGUCCCUAACAGUCUCCGCAGUUUCUUGACGGACCCGGAGAGAACGUUCGUCGGCGUCUGUAACAGUCAAGACGCAAGAAAGCUGGCGAGGUCUAGUCAUGAGUUGGAGAUUGGGGAACUUGUUGACGUAAUGCAGCACGUGAAUGAUUCGAGGGGAAUGAGCAUGGAGAUCUCUUCGUUUGAAGAGAUUGUCGAGGAAUGUAUGGGUUAUCAAGGAGUGAGGCUAGAUCCGGAUAUAAGCAUGAGUGAUUGGACUGUUUACGACCUUUACGAUGAUCAGAUCCUUCAGGCGUCACUAGUUGCUUACGUUUGCCAUGAGCUUGGUGUUCGGGCUCGUCUUUGGCAAGUUGGAAAACAAGUAUCAAACAAGAAUUAA